UCUUUCUAAUGCUUUCACUUUCUUGCGGCACUGGCAAAUCUAAUGGCUUUGCAACCUUCCCGCUACUUGUUGUACUAUCCUAAACAACCUUACUUCUGCCAAACAGCUUGGAAAAGGGUGCCUAAACAGAGAUUUAGUGAUGGCAGUGAUGAAGAAAUGAAGGAUGAUAUUGAUUCUGUGCGUGGUCUGUUAGACAGGUUCAAGGAGGACAAGGAGAGGGAACUUCUUAAAGAGACCUCCUCAAGUUCAACUUAUGAGGAUGGAUACAGCUCAGCUGGUGAAAAUUUGGUUUGUGAACUUGUACAGAAAUCAACAAAAUCAACCCUUGUGAUGAAUUUGAAACCUGUUUCCAAAACAAGGGAAACAUCAACAAAGAUGGGUUUGGGAGAUGCAGCAGCAGGGGAUGAUGAAGGAGAAUCUUCUGGUAAAGGAGUUUCACAGAAAAGAAAACAGGAUUCAUUCUUAGUUGAAGUUCAAGAGAGAGCUGAGGUGAUAAGUAAAAGUGCUCGAAAAGCUCCAGAAACAGUAGUAUCAUCAAUUGGACAAAAUGUUGAGGGUGAUCCAGAUACGGAAGAGUUUCUCAGAAAGAUCCGAGCUGCACCAUCCUCAUCAAAUGAAUUUCGUAUGGAGAACAACGAGACUAGACCGUUCAGAAGUAAAUCGGCCUCAGAGGUUGACUUAUCCGUGGUUGUACCGGUGAGAGAUCCUCUUGUUUGUUUCAGAGAAAGCCAUUAUUACAUACAGUACUGGAUAUGUAAGAGUCGAAGUGGUACAUACAGUCAUUUUAAUUUCAGGAUGGAAGAAGACCACAGUGUCACACCUGGUGGUGGCUUCAUCAUAAAGAACCCGCCUCAGUGGGACGUAGGGGAGGCGGUGAGACCACGAACCAAGCCAAAGCCGAAGGUGAAGAGCAAAACUGUGUCUGGAAUAGCUCUACCAGGGCUGGCUGAUGCAUUAAUCAAGAAACAAAUUGCAGCUGAAAAUAAGCAGCGUUCCCAGGGUAGCGCAGCCGAAAUUGUCCGUUCGGCUGCCGAAAAUAAGAAGAACAUGUCAGCCAAGGAAGACAAAUUAGAGAAAGAACAUGAAAAACCUGCUUGGCUUGUGGAGGCGGAGGCACGGAGGAAACUCCAUGAACAGCGACGGCAUCCCAAAAGUAAAGACCAAGGAGAGAGUGAAACUAGUCAGGGGCCAGAGAAACCGGUGAAUAAUGGUCCUGUGCUCAAGUCUUUACCUCAGAAACCUGAAGUUGGAAAAAAAAAAUCUGUCGGUGGUGGGGUGAUGAGCGUUUUCCGCAAUAUUGUGCUUCGUCCUGUUCGGAAACCCGACGCAGUUCCAACCAAAUCCGAAGACGACAGCGAUGCUACGAAGUCGUUUAAUGUUUGUCUUCGUCCCGUGUCUAAAGCAGGUCCUUUAGAUAACCAAGCAGAUGAAAUAAAAGGAAGUUUUCAACCAGUACGUUUGAAACCUAUUGCUCCCCGUCUCUCAAGACCCUUGAGUUCCUCAGUCACGAAUACGGAAGCAACGCCAAUGCGCACACGAACGCCUCCCGAAAAAACAUCUACUUCACAGUCGGUUCAACAAGAAAAAAGUGCACGUGAGUAUCACACCGUCCCUCUUCUUGCCCCGAUAACUUUAGAGCGUUCGGAACCGAGGGUUUCUGAAAGUUUUUCGUCACCUACGAAUGGUGAACGAGUCACGAUUUCCUCGAACUACUUGAGUGGCCCUCAUAAACUUCCCCCAAGUACAACGCCUAAACCUUCCAACAGAUCUAAGACAGUGACAUUCGAUGACUUUAAUUAA